GAAGAGGAAGGAAGGAAGAGGAAGCCAUGCCGGUGCGCAGGCAAGAUGCGGAGCGUGCGGUGCGGCUGCUGGAGGGCUACCGCUCGGGGCUGGGCGGCGGGGCCGAGGACCGGCAGCAGCUCCGCGGAUCCCUCGAGCGCGUCAUCGGCGUCUUCCGCAGCACGCUCUUCCGCGCACUCCUCGACAUCCAAGAGUUCUACGAGGCGACCCUCCUGGAGAACCCCAAGACCGUGGGGAGGCCCCGCCCCCUCGAGAACGCCCCGCCCCUCGCCGCCUGGGACCUCUCCCCCGCCCCACUGCCCGCCACCCCCCUCGGGCCACGCCCAGCCACGCCCACCCAAGGACAUCCAGCCCGAAUACCCACACCACCACCAGCAGCACCAGCAGCAGCACAGGCGGAUGAAUUAAGGCACCUGCGAGGAGAUGGGAGGAAGCGGUAUGGCUUCCCGCCUCUCCUUCCCAUCUCCGCUCGCAUCCCCACCGCCGGCGUUUAA